CUUGCGUAUCUAGUGCUGCCAUCUGUAGGAAACUGUUAAUAAUUUGAUCUCUUUUUAACGCCAUUUUCCCUUACUUGUUAAGUACAGUUGUAUUUCGUGUUAAGUCGAAGCAUUAUUUAGAAGUUAAGGUAAUUGCCGGACUUAAAGAACACUAAGGCAUUUUCGUUCUUAAACCUUACAGUAUUAAGAUUACUUUGGUCAGAAAUGGGCGGACGAGACGGUAGAAGAGGUGGUGCCAGAGGAGGCCGGGGUGGAAGAGGUGCUGGAAGUGGUGGUCGUGGAGGCAGGGAUUUUGGACGUGGUGGAUUUGAUCGUAGGGAUGGUUUUGGAAGUUUAAAAGGCAAACAACCUGGUGGACGCCUAAGAAAACCUAGUUGGAAUAUGGCUAAUUUAGAGCCAUUCAAGAAAGAUUUUUAUGUUCCUCAUCCAAAUGUCUUAAACAGGACAGAAGAUGAUAUUGAAAAAUUUCGAGAAAGCAAAUCAAUUACCAUUAAGGGGGACAGAAUCCCACCUCCAAUAAUGCGAUUUGAAGAUGUUAAUUUUCCUGACUAUGUUAUGAAUGAAGUCAAAAAACAAGGAUAUGAUGAACCUACACCAAUUCAAGCCCAAGGUUGGCCUAUAGCAUUAAGUGGGAGAGAUAUGGUUGGAAUCGCACAGACUGGUUCCGGUAAAACUUUAGCAUAUAUUCUUCCAGCUAUAGUUCAUAUAAAUAAUCAACCAAGGUUGAGACCAAGGGAUGGUCCUAUUGCUCUCAUUUUAGCUCCUACACGUGAAUUGGCUCAGCAAAUUCAACAAGUUGCCAACGACUUUGGAUCUCAUACUUCAGUUCGGAAUACUUGUAUUUUUGGUGGUGCACCUAAAGGAGGGCAGGCGAGAGACUUGGAAAGAGGUGUUGAAAUUGUCAUUGCAACUCCUGGAAGACUUAUAGAUUUUCUUGAAAAAAAUACAACUAAUUUGAAAAGAUGUACAUAUUUAGUAUUAGACGAAGCAGAUAGAAUGUUAGACAUGGGUUUUGAACCUCAAAUUAGGAAAAUAAUAGAACAAAUACGUCCUGAUCGACAAGUAUUGAUGUGGUCUGCUACUUGGCCGAAGGAAGUCCGUAACUUAGCUGAAGAAUUUCUUCACAAUUAUAUCCAAUUAAAUAUUGGAUCAUUAGAGUUAUCUGCUAAUCACAAUAUCCAACAAUAUGUUGAUAUUUGUGAUGAAUAUGAAAAACCUGACAAGCUUUGUGAUCUCUUGACAGAUAUUUGUAGAGAAUCAGAAUCAAAAACUAUCAUUUUCACUGAGACCAAGCGAAGUGUUGAUGAAAUCGUUAGGACAAUAAAUCGAAGGGGCUGGAAAGCCUGUGGAAUCCAUGGUGACAAAUCACAACAGGAUCGUGAUAUGGUUUUAAAUGAUUUUCGUACUGGCAGGGUAAACAUCCUCGUAGCAACCGAUGUUGCUGCCCGAGGUUUGGAUGUUGAAGAUGUAAAAUUUGUUGUCAAUUAUGACUAUCCUUCUUCAUCGGAGGAUUAUGUCCAUCGAAUAGGACGUACUGGAAGAUCGCAAAGAACAGGAACGUCAUAUACAUUUUUCACAACUGGAAAUGCUCGCCAAGCAAAAGAUCUCAUUUCAGUUUUGCAAGAGGCAAAGCAAACUUUAAAUCCUCGCCUUCUGGAACUAUGCGAAAUGGCAAAGUGUGGAGUUUUUGGAAAACCCAGAAGCACAAGAUUUGCUGGUAAAGAAAGGGGCAGCAAAGGUGGAAGAGGAGGCAGAGGUGGUAGAGGAGGCAGUGAAAGGAGAGGACGGCCUGAAAGAAGAGGACCAAGUGGAUCAGAAAGAAGAGGGAGUGAUCGAAGUGGUGGUGGUAGGGGAGAUCGCAGUUCAGAGAGGAGAGGAAGUAGUGACCGAUGGGGAAGAGAUUCAGCUCCACCAUCAGGCCGGGGUGGUGGUUUUGGAAAUAGAAUGGGUUCUGGUGGAGGAUUUGAUAGUGGUGGACGCAGUGCACUAGGUGGCAGUGGAGGUGGUUUUGGAGAAAGAGAGCCUCAAAGGAACAGCGGUUUUGGCAAUGAUGUGGGCGGUAGAGGAGGUGGUUUCAGGAUGAAACCGCCUACUCUACUUCCACCUGAAAAUUUUAGUGAGAGGAAUGGUCCAAGAGGAGGAAACUACUCAGAAGGUGAUGGGUUUGGCAGUGAUAAUGGUAGGGGUUUCGGAAAUGCUGGUGGCGGUAGAGCCUUUGGUGGUGAUAACAAUCGUGGUGGAUUUGGUUCAGAUAAUGGUAGGAGAGGAUUUGGUGGAGAGGGUAGGGGAGGAUUCGGAGGUGAUGGUGGAAGAGGAGGAUUUGGGGGAGAUGAUGAUGAUGGAUUUGGUAGAGGAAGGGAUUCAAGUAACUCGAGGAUAGGAGGAAGGGGUGGAGGUAGUGGAGCAGGAGGUAGAGGUGGUAUGUCUAGAGGGAUGAGUGGUGGUGGCAGUGGUAGUGGAGCUCCACCGAGAGGAGGAGGAAGAGGAGGCGGUGCGUUAGACAGGGGUGGUAGGGGCGGUUCUGCCGGGAGGGGUGCGCCAGCAUCUACCACCAACAGGAACAGUUACAACUCAGGUCCUGCUCCAUCUUCUAGAGGAACUUAUGGCCAGGACAGGCUUCCUAGCGGAGGAACUGCUGGAGGUUAUGAAACUAGGCAGACAGAUAGUAACAAUCUUGGAUAUGAACGACGAAAUGAUCGAAGAUCUGAUUGGGCUUCAGAAAACCCAGUUCCAGAAAAAAGAUCUAGAUUUUCUGACAAUACUUCGAGUGCCGCAGCUCCACCCCCACCACCUCUUAUGAGCAGCACUCCAAGUGUUCCUUCAACAAAAUCAGCUCAAAUGCCUACUAACUUCAGUCAGCCUCCACCAAAUUAUAGCAAACCACCUCCUAAUUAUCACACAGCUGUUCCUCAGGCUACCCAGGCUUAUCAGGCAACUCCGCAGCAAGCUACUAACAUGAUGCAGUACCCUCAGCACAUGUAUCAACAACAAAACUACAUGAUGUAUCAGCAAAUGUACCAGCAUCAAAUGAACGGAUACCAGCAGCAACAGCAGGCUCAACAGCAAACCUAUCAACAACAACCACCACUUCCAAAAUGAUGAAAUAAUUUCAUUCCAUAAAAGCUUAACUGUCAUUCUAAUAUAUAUAUAUAAUUUUUUAUAUAAUUAUACAUAUUUAUGUAUGUGUAUAAAUAUUUGUGAUUCUAUUGGAUGUAUUGCACUGAAUAAUUUAACAAGUUUAUUGUGAUUUUAUAAUUUUAGCAAAUGAGAUACUAUUUGUUUUCUUUAAUAUUUUUUGUUCAUUUUGUUUUUUAAUUUAUUUUACUCGGAGAACAUUAAAAUAUUGUGACAAACCUUUUAUUUUAAUAAGUUAUUUUCCCCCUAAUUUUUAAUUUAAUUUAAUUUUUCUAUUAUGAUAGGUGAGUAUUUAAAUGAGCGUAAUACUAUUUGAAGUGCUUAUUAUAAGCAGUAAGUAACUGUUCUACUCAUUGUAGUUUCAUUUUUCCUUUGCUGCUAUUGAAUUUUUAAUUUUAAUCCACUUUUUUCUUUUUAAUUUUGCUUCUGAUAUAUUAACAUUUUGUUGCAAAAAAGAAUAUUGUAAAUAAGAAAGAAAAAUAAUAAUAACUUCACAAUAGCCAUUCAUGUGAGUUAACUGUUGAAUAUCUGUUCCCUUAUUUCACCCCUAUGUGUAAAUUAUAUAAUUAUCAUAAAAAAUAUAUAAGUUCUUUCUUUUUUUUGUCAUGCAUCCUAAAUUGUUUUAUACAUUGGUGAUGAUUAUUACAUAUAAGAAGAGGG